UUUUUUGCUUCUGUUUUUCCUGUGGUUUUGUAAGGCCACAGUUCUUUGCUGCUGUUUUCUGCUGUUAAAAUUUCUACCAGAAGGGUUCCCAGACUGGGGUGCUGUUGAAAAGGAAGGUGUUAGAUACCCUGAAGAUCUUGCUCGGCCUUUCAGGCAGAGGCAGGCCUUUGCAGUACUUCUCUGGAAAGCUACAGACUUCUGUCCCAUCUUCGGGUACCUUUAAAACCAGGAAGGAGUCUUAUGGAUUGGAUUCGACUAACUAAAAGUGGGAAGGACUUGACUGGUUUGAAAGGGAGGCUGAUUGAAGUGACUGAAGAUGAGCUCUCUAAACACAACAAAAAGGAGGACUGCUGGAUAUGUAUAAGAGGAUAUGUAUAUAAUGUCACGCCAUACAUGGAAUACCAUCCAGGUGGUGAGGAUGAACUAAUGAAAGCAGCAGGAACUGAUGGUACAGAUCUCUUUGAUCAGGUUCAUCGUUGGGUGAAUUAUGAAUCAAUGCUGAAGGAAUGUCUUGUUGGGAGAAUGGCUGUAAAGCCUAUUGCUGCUCCAAAAGAGAUUUCUUCUACUGUAUCUGAAGACAAGAAACAGCUUAAUGGUGUGCUUCCUGAGAAGAAGGUACUGGCUUCUUCUGCUAAAGAUUUAAGUCUGAGUUAUGACUGGUUCCAAACAGAUAGUUUGAUCACAGUUGUCAUAUAUACUAAGCAGAAGGACAUGAAUGCAGAGUUGGUGAUAGUUGACUGUCGAGACAAACAAUUAAGGGGAGAGAUCAUCAUUGAUGACCACUCAUAUCUUGUAGAAGUUGACUUGGAUCAUGCAGUUUCAGAAGAUGUGGCUGUAAAUAUUGCUGAAAAAGUAGGGAAAGUAGAGAUUGUCUUAAAUAAAAAGGAUAACAUCCAUUGGAAAAUGCUGGGACAGCCCUGUGAGGGUCAUAAUACAUUUAUCAAACGCGCAGACAGAGGGCUGUUCUACAGAAAAUGCAAGUUGGUUUCUAAGACUGAAGUUACCCAUGACACCAGACUCUUCUGCCUAAUGUUGCCUAAGGGCACGCAUCUCCGUGUUCCCGCUGGACAACAUGUUUACCUCAAACAAAUUAUUGCAGGGACAGAGGUAGUAAAACCAUACACACCUGUGUUGCCUUUUUUGUCAUUGGAUUUCCAAGAACCACCUCGCCAGGAUGGUGUGCAUAUAUAUUUAAUGAUUAAAAUUUAUUCCCAUGGACUGUUCACACAGGCACUUGACCACCUACAAAUUGGAGACUAUAUUUCUGUCAGCAAUCCUGAAGGCAACUUCAAGAAGUCAAAAGUUCAAACUUCAGAAGAUCUCCUUUUAUUGGCAGGAGGCACAGGUUUCACACCAAUGGUUAAGCUGCUGAAUUUUGCUCUGACUGAAGUUAGCUGUCUCAGGACAGUGAAGCUGAUCUUCUUCAACAAAACCGAGGAUGACAUACUCUGGAGAAAGCAGCUAGAGCAAUUAGCUCUUAAAGAUGAAAGGUUUGAGGUUCAAUUCAUUCUUUCACAACCAUCAAAAAACUGGAUAGGUAAACAGGGGAAGAUUUCUUCAUCUCUUCUCUCUGAGUUUGUGAAAAGAAGCAGAGGAGACUCCAAAGUGCUUGUCUGCAUCUGUGGUCCAGCACCUUUUACAGAACAAGGAGUACAAUAUCUGAAGGAUCUUGGAUACUCCCAAGAAGAGAUACACGCUUUUACUGCAUAAACCCAUAGGAGAAUAUCAAUGUUUGUUUGUAUAAUUCAGUGUUAUUUAUUUAUCUUCAUGAAUUUAAAUAAGUGAGAAACAAUUUUGUAUGACUUGAAAUUUCACUCUUGGUACCAAACUGUUUCUUGAAAGAUGCAUAUCUUUGAAAAAAAAAAAAGUUUUAUACUGUGUUUUAUCUUCUUUUUGUAAAUAUUUUUGCUAAUAUUUAACUCAUCCAGGGUAUUAAUUUAUUGUAGAGGCAAGCAAAAAGUGAGGUAUACGUUGUGUCAGGUGUUUCAUGUUGUUGGUUCAUGAGAAUUCUUAGAUUUACAAAAUCUCUGAUUAUGGUUUUGACUUGAUAAAGCUUAUUAUUUCUUACUGUAAAAAGUCCAAAGAGCAAUACUGUCUGAAAUUAAAUUGCACUGUAACUCAGGUAAUCGGUCAUUGAAAAAUUUUUCUUUUCAUCUGAUGUCUCUCAUUGAUUUGCAAGUGACCCAGAUACAUUUCUGGCUUUGUAAACAAAGAAGAAAAGUACCUUUGGUAAAAUAUAAAAUACACAUCAGAUUAAAAAAAUUACAUUACUUUAUGGAUUUCUGCAAAGUUUUUUGUAUUUUCAUUUAAAUGUUUAUAAAGAAAGGUUUCCACAAGCUUAGUACUUCAGCUGAGAGCUCAGAGUCAUGGAGUCUUGGUCUCCCCCAAAACUUCCCGUAUUACCACGUAACUGAUGUCAGGCAUCCUUUGUUAUGGCACAGUCUCAAGAUAAAAACCUGACAGCACAGAUACCAGGGUCAGGAUCACAGAAAUACUUAAAAAUAUUUGACAGGUUGAACUAGUAUUAAAUGAAGUUAUUUCCAUCAGUGUGUUUUUUUUACUCCAUUAAAAUAUGGAGUAUUAAAAAUGUGUUAUCAUUAGGCAGUAAUCUGCAGCCAAAUAGUAUUUUGGAGAAAAAAGCAGUAAAGCAGCUACUCACCUUCUAGAUGUUGUCAUUAGUGUAUGUAGGUGUUGUUUUGUGUGACAUCUAGUUCUGUUCAUGUCUUCCUGUUGUGUUGAGUGGACAUUUCUUCCUCCUAAGAAGCAAGACUUGUAGUUGUGGCAUUCAUGCAUGAAUGAAAAAUGUCUUAAUGAUACCCUUUAAAAAGGUUAAAAGAGCUAUCUGAGAGUGACUGGCUAUGCUUAACUGAACUGUCAUCUCUUCAGUGCCCCUCCUCAGUUUAUUUGACUUGAUGUUUGAAAAAGGUCUGGUUGUCACUUGUUGCCCAUAGGUCACAAGUUUUUUCAGAAGUCGGUAGUUGAGAGAAGUCAUAAUUUGGUAUCUUUAGUGGAGUUAAGUGGAGGGACGCUUUUCAAAGUUCCAAAGUCAACUUUCUGCUGAGAUAAGCAGAGUUGUUUGUUUUCCCCACGACUGCCUCUCAAAACUUAGGCACUUUGAGGGUUUUUCAGAUGUAAUUUAGGAUUAAUUGUCGUACUUCUAAAAGCCUCAGAUAUCCUUUGGAGUUUUUAAUAGUUCUGUUAUUACUCCAGACAGCCCUUUGUUUGAGUAGCUCAGCAAAAAUGGUCAUUUGACAUUGCUUCAACUUGCUAAUCUAGAUAUGAUACAAUUUGUUAAAAAUGCCUGAAGUGUAUCUUUUAAGUUUUAUUGAUACUGUUCUAAUACCUGAAAGACUCGUUGCAGGUUACAAAUUUUAUAAUACAUUCCUAAAGUGAUGGCCACCAGGCUGAGCAUCUAAAAUCAAGUGAAAGUGUUUUUUGAAGGCAGCAAUGCUCAUGGUCUGGCUGCUUGCAUUAGGAAUCAUCCCAGCCUUAAUGCUGCUGUUAAAAUGGAACUGCUGGCAGUCAGUUUUUUUCUUGUAAUUGACCUUUAUUGCUGGCAGUGUGAUCAAGCAGGCACAAAACAUUUUGACUGGAAAGCAGCCAGUGCAAAAGGACCUGGAUGUGCUGUUUGAAAGUGGCUGAACAUGAGCCAAUGUGUGCCUAGUUGGCCGAGAAGGUCAAUGACAUCCUGGCCUGUAUCAGCAAUAGUGUGGUCAGCAGGACCAGGGCAGGGGUUGCCCCCCUGUACGCUGCAAUGGUGAGUUCUGUGUCCAGUUCUGGGCCUCUUUACAGGGAUGACAUUGAGAUGCUGGACCAAGUCUAAAAGAGGUUAACAAGGCUCCUGAAAGGUCUGGAGGGUGACUCGGUCCUGUGAAGAGCAGCGUAGGAGAGAGCUGAGGUGGUUUGCCUGGAGAGGAGGCUCAGACAUUUUCACUCUACUACUGCCCGAAAGGAGUCUGCAGCCAAGUGGGGGCUGGCCUCCUCUCCCAGUCAACCAGUGACAGGACAAGAGGGCAUGAUCUCAAGCUGCACCAGAGGAGGUUCUGACUGGACAUCAGGAAGCAUUUCUUUAAGGGCUUUCAGGCAUUGGAAUGGACUGCCCAGGGAGGUGGUGGAGUCACCAUCCAAUAGAAUGUUCAAGAAACAACUGGACAUGGCACUUUACUGCCAUGGUCUAAUUGACAAGGUGGUGAUUGUUCAAAGGCUGGACUUGAUCUUAAAGGUCCCUUCCAACCUAAAUGAUUCUGUGAUUCCUGAAAGUUUUCUGUGUUCUGGUGCUGAUAAAGGUGUAUCACACAGCAAACUGUGACAAAACAAGCAAGAGAAACUAAGUACCUAAAAUACUCAGUUGAGUGCUCCCAGUACAUUUCUUAAUACUGUGUUCUGUGGUUAGAUGAAUAUAAAAAUGUUUUACACUCGAAACAAUUAUCUCUGCUCGUGUAAGUACUUCCUUACACCUAUUUUUUCCUUUGUAGAAUGAUAUUGGAAGUACCAUGACUGUUUUUGUCAAGACACUUUCCCGCUCUUUCAUUUUUUGUACUAUUACAUGCUUAAGGGGCAAGGGAUAAAAUGACAGGAAAAAAAAUCAUAAAAUUUUAAACACCUUACAGUUCAGUGUUUUGGUUUUUUUUCUGUCUAUUUCAUCUCCCCAGAGCAGGAUUUUGUUUGAAAACAACUUGUCUAAAAUGAGCUGCCUGUGGCAGAGCUAUGUUUCCAUGCUCUUUGUAAUCACUAGAAGUCAAAUCAGCACAGCC